AUGGUUGCGGUUUUCACCAGUGUUGCUUUUCUUAUUAAUCACUUUUUGGGUGCUUCAUCGAUGAAUAAAAAUCGAAAUGAGUGUAAUUUUCAUAUGGUAAGAAAGUGUUUGACCAGACAAAACUCUUAUUCUAUGUAAUAUUGCAGAUAUUCCAUUCGAAUUCAAAAUGUACACCAAAAGAAAUAUCCGAUAAAUCAAAAAUGAUCUAUUUCGAGAUCAUCAAUACCGCCAGUAUCCCAGUAGUAUUUUUGUACAGUUUAUUGUUCAGAUAUUUGGUGAAAAUAUCCCUGAAAAUGUCACCAUUGGAGAAAUCGAAGGAAAUUAUGGCUGUUUUUCAAUUUCUACCAAUUUUCAUCUAUGGAUUCGUGAGUUCUGCACUUCGAGUUUUGACUCCCAAAAGUUGUGUUCAGAUCCGUCUUCUCUUCACAAUCAUUCACAUUUUCUACACGCCCUCCAGUUUUCCACCCUUCGAUAUCCUAUCAUUCUGGAUUUUCUGCGCAACUUCUUUCAUAUUCAGCAUAGCUAUCCCAGUUUCGUUUCUAUUGACGAACACGAAAAUUGGUGCGAAAAUUUUUAAGAAGGAUUUUUUGGGCGAUACUGCAAAUCAAAUUUAUAUUCAACCCAGUGUUUAUGAAGACGAGAGAGAUAUUGAAAUAAGUGUAAUUUCUUAUGUGAAGCGUUGA